AUGAGCUUCGUCACUCGCCGGGGUCUUUCCACCCUCAUCCCCCCCAAGGUCCGUCUGCAACCCGCCCUCGUGCUGCCCGUUGCUUCGCCAAGCGCUAUCGGCGGCGCCCCUGAUGCCGUCCGCAUGAAGCGCGUCGUCAACUUCUACGAGAAGCUUCCCCGUGGCCCUGCCCCCAAGGUCGAGGCCAAGGGUCUUUUCGGCCGUUACGAGGCCAAGCACUUUGGCGGCAGCAACGCCUCCGCUAAGCGCACGGGCACGGGCACGGGCACCCGCGCCCUGUCCGGCUUCGUAUCACGCAGCGAGCAUGAUAUGCCGCUGGAAGACCGCACAUACACCCCCGGAACCACGCUGACCAGCCUUCAUACAGCCAUCAUCCAGGCCAUCGGUCUCAUUCUCGUCAUCGGCUACCCCAUGACCUACUACUUCCACCUGCGCCACCACAAGAACAACGCUCACUAA